GGAUGUGACGUCACUGAUAAGCAGCUCUGUGAAGCUUGUGUCUACAAACAUCCGAGCAGAAAGUAAAAUCGCACGUUGGUGACUGAACCCACGUCGCUCUCACCGUCUGUUGUCUUCUUAGGUUGACCUGCAGCCAGUUUUCCAAAUGAGUGACGGGGAGUGUGACUUCUUUUGCUUCUUCCGCUGUUGCUGAGCGCGCGCCGUACGCGCCUCAGGCGGCCAGGAAGAAGAGGUGUCUGGACGGCAUCAAGAGGAAAGUGAAGGAGAGGUGGAGCAUCAGACGAGCCAUUUCGGCCAAUCGGACUGCUAGGCUCCGACAGGUAGGCAGGCUGUCUACCUGUCCGAGUGACUGAGUCGAUUGGAUGUCUGUGGACAUGAACAGUCAGGCGUCGGACAGCAAUGAAGAAGAUUUCUGUGUGAAUUCUGAAGAAGAGGAGGAUGAAGAUGAUGGAGGUGAUGAGGAAGAUCAGGGUGACAUUGCAGCCUACUAUGAGGGAGUAGCCAGCGAUGUUGAGCAACAGGGUGCCGACUCCUUUGACCCAGAGGAGUACCAGUUCACCUGUCUGACCUACAAGGAGAGCCAGAGGGUGCUGACGGAGGAGGUGAACACUGUGGCUGCUGCGCUUAAGGUUUUGCCAGCAGUAGCAAAACUGAUCCUGGUGCAUUUUCACUGGCAGGUUUCACAAAUACUGGACAGGUAUAAGUCCAACUCGUCUCUGCUGUUAUCAGACGCUCUGGUUCAGCCCAGCGGCAGCUGCAGAUCAGUCACUGCCCCUCAGUCCCUCCAGUGUGGUGUGUGUCUACAGGUUGUACGGAGAGACUCCCUGCUGGCUCUGCCCUGCCAGCACUCAUUCUGUAAAGCAUGCUGGGAGCAGCACUGCACUGUACUGGUCAAAGAUGGCAUGGGAGUAGGUAUUUCAUGUAUGGCUCAGGACUGUUCCCUGCAGAUACCAGAAGACUUUGUCUUUCCGCUGCUUCCAGGAGAGGAGUUGAAGGACAAAUACAGACGCUACCUCUUCAGAGACUACGUUGAGAGUCACUUCCAGUUACAGUUGUGUCCGGGUGCGGACUGUCCCAUAGUCAUCAAGGUGCAGGAGCCCCGGGCGCGCAGGGUUCAGUGCAGCCGCUGCAGUGAAGUCUUCUGUUUUAAAUGCCGUCAGAUGUAUCACGCACCCACAGACUGUGCAACGAUCCGUAAAUGGCUGACCAAAUGUGCCGACGACUCUGAGACGGCCAACUACAUCAGUGCACACACUAAAGAUUGUCCUAAGUGCAAUAUUUGCAUUGAGAAGAAUGGAGGGUGCAAUCACAUGCAAUGCUCCAAGUGCAAACACGACUUCUGCUGGAUGUGUCUUGGUGACUGGAAGACUCACGGCAGUGAAUAUUAUGAGUGCAGCCGCUACAAAGAAAACCCGGACAUCGUCAACCAGAGUCAGCAGGCUCAGGCCAGAGAGGCCCUCAAGAAAUACCUCUUCUACUUCGAGAGGUGGGAGAACCACAACAAGUCUCUGCAGCUGGAGGCUCAGACAUACCAGAGGAUCCAGGAGAAGAUCCAGGAGAGGGUAAUGAACAACCUGGGAACGUGGAUCGACUGGCAGUAUCUGCAUAAUGCAGCCAAGCUUCUGGCUAAGUGUCGCUACACGCUGCAGUAUACAUAUCCAUAUGCCUACUACAUGGAGUCCGGCCCCCGCAAGAAGCUGUUUGAGUACCAGCAGGCGCAGCUGGAAGCAGAGAUCGAGAACCUGUCCUGGAAGGUGGAGCGAGCCGACACCUAUGAGAGGGGAGUGGUGGGAGGAGAGGGGGAGCUCAACGCCAGUGACAGAGGGGAUCUGGAGAAUCAGAUGCACAUCGCUGAGCAGAGGCGACGCACGCUGCUGAAAGAUUUCCACGACACCUGAUGCUCCAAUGCUACUGCAAAGCACCAGCAUCUCCUUCCUUCCUUUUUCUUCCAAGACCAUCCCUCGGUGCCGUCACUCUGACCCCUCCCACUUCUCUCCGCCUCCUCCUCUCGCGCGCACACGCUGCAGGGUUCCAGAGUUGCACGAUUGUAUCUCCUCCUCCUCCUCCAUCCUUUACUCAUGAUUCAGAGCAUCUCGAUGGGCGUGGUCACACUCGGGUGGUUUUCAGAUCUGAUCAUACAGGUCAAAGGGCGUGCGGUUUUUGUCGCGAUUAGCUGACGCUAUGAACUGUUCAGAGCAGUUUGUUGAGUUUGAGAUUUAUGCUACGACGCUGCUAAGAAAAGAGAAUCAUUCACUGCUGUUAGAUCAAAUCAAUUCAAAGCUAACGUGAGAGAAUAAUUUGUUCUCCUACGAGGACAGUGCCGACACUGCACCGGCGCGCUGUGGUUUAACGUUGGCCAUAACGGCGAGCAGCGGCUGUGUUGGUAGCAGCGACCCGCCUGGCCUGAACGCAUUCACUGAUAUUAUUCAUAACCUUCUGCAUGUUUGAAUUUCAGUUAGUUUGAGUAAUGAAGGCCUGCUGCUGAUUUACUUCUGCUGAUUCAAAAUCUGGAAAACAUCUUGUGUUUUACUGAGCGACUGUCCGGAAGUGACGACGCAGAGUUUCCAUUGAGAGAAAUGAGGAAAGCUGCAAAUUAACGCAACCUAAAAGAAGACUGUUAAACUGUAACAACCUUAUUAUUAUUAUUAUUAUUAUCAUAGUUUCUGCAGUGUAAGUCACACCUUUUUUCUGUAUUACCAGCGCUUUGGGAUUGUUGUGCAUUGGUGUAGUUUACUCUCUUUAUUGGUGUCUAUUUUGUGUAUUAUUAUUAUUAUUAUUAUUAUUAAAUGUGGUUUUGUUUUUUGGGUGCGGGAAUAAGUCAAGAAUUUUUUUUUUUUUUUUUUUAACUAUUUUGUGAGGUCGGUGUGACUUGUAUACUGAAAAAUGACACACUUACUAAUUAUAAUGACUAAUUUAUAUGGGACAUUACCAGGAAUCAAAGCACGAAACAAAAUAAAAUCAUGAAUGAGUAAUAAAAGGUCCACUGCAAUUCACACUAUUCUUAAAUUAAUGAACUGAUAAUGCAGAAAAAAGGUAUGACUUGUACACCAGAAAAUACCAAAGUGUUUUUUUUUUGUUUGUUUUUUAUAAAGCAACUUGUACGCUGGAAACCAUGGUACAUAUAUAAAUUUGAUAGACGUAACGAUCGUUAUAAUUGCAUCGCAAAGGGUUUAAAUGUUUGGGCUCUUCAUGUUGAUCACCUGACUGCAUAAAUGAUGAUGAUCAGAGCAGACACCAGUGACUUAAUGUGAGAUAUUUGUGGAAGGAUAACAAGCAGCUCCAAUGUCUGGAUGCUUUCAGUCUUAACGGUUCUGUCGUGAAUGCUGAAGUUCAGAGACGAUGGAAUGGAACCGAUGGAUCCUAUUCAACCAUAAAGUCUGAUCAGGCUGGAUCUUGGUUGCUGUUGACCAUGUGGACACAUGAAGACGUAUAACACAACUUCACCCACCUAAUAUUUCUGCGUUGUGGUUCCACCGUUAACAUGGAGACGUAAUGGACACAUUAAAAUAUAAAAUGGUCUCCCACUGUCUGCAGAUGCAGAAAAAUCCUGAAAACACUUUCUUAUAUGUAUAUAUCUUAUAUGUAAAUUUACAAAUUAAAAUUAGUCACUAAAUCCUUCAAAACAGUGGGUCUAUUUGUGACCUGUCGGAUUGAAGGGGGGGCUACUGGAAAGUAUUGUCAAACUAGUUGUGCAAAGAAUUGUUAAAUUUUUGCUCCGUGGAAAGUUGUUACUCGUUUAACACGUUUUCUUACACGAGAAACAAAAUAAGCUGAUUGUUUGUUUUCCAGAUUUUGUGGCCACAUCAUCUUUAUUUUCUUGGUAUGAAACCGAGAAGCUGCUCGUUGUCAUGGCCAAAGACGAAAUGUGCGAAUUAUUCGCCUUCUCGUCUUUUGACGGUCUCACUGUGGUGUCGGAACUGUUGGACCGCAGGCGUACGCCAGAGCCCCAACAGCAUCCUGAGCAAAGUCCGACUCUUAAUCCUGCGUUCAAGACGUUUGGCUGCAGCAGGUAUUCGUGUGCACGCCACCGCCGCCUCCGCUCAUUAAAAGCACACACACACACACACACACUCCAAAAAUAAAACAUCACCUCUUUAAUUUGUCUGCGAAAAACAUCACCUCAUCCUCUUUUCUUCUUCUUCAUCUGCUUACUUUGUUUGGUUCUUUACAUUCUUUUUUCUUCUCAUGUUGUUCAUAUUUCCUCUGAAAAAGUGGAUUCAUAAAUGAAUCAUUUAAAAAAAAAAAGAAAAAAGACGAAAAAAAAUGCUGUAAUUUUCAACGGUUGUACAUUAAUACAGAAAUAGUUACUGAGAGUUUUUAAAACCAA